UGAGGGAUAGUUCGUUUUGCUUAGUUCGUGAACAUUUAAUUUGCACGACAAAACGAAGUUAAAAAAUAACAGAAACUUAACAAAAAUUUAGUGUUCAAAUGAAAAGUAAACCAUAAAAAUCCAUUGUGAAAAAUUGUGGGGUGGUGGGAGCAAAACGGAUACUCAAUAGUAAAAGAGCGUAAGCCAGCGCAAGCGAGAGUGUGUGAGUGCACAGUGGAGAGGAGCAUGACAUGUAUUUGAUGUGUACUCAGCGGCCGAAGAGAGCGCAUUAAACAAGAACAAAACACACGCACACAACUGCGAGAAAGCUUCUUCUUGUUGUUGUUGUCGGUGUGGGGGAGUCAAAGUCGGUUACGAAAAAUACACGGCGUAAAGCGUGUGUGGAUAAAGCAUAAAGCACACAUACACACACAUAAAUAUAUAUACAGAAAGCAGAAUAUUUUGCGAAGUUCGCACUCCAAGUAGAGAAACACAGAAAACAGGGCAACAAAAUGAAUCCAGCGGUGGAUGCGUGGGUUGUUACCCAGCGGGAGAAGCUGAAGUACCAGGAGCAGUUCAGGGCACUGCAACCUCAGGGCGGAUUUGUAACCGGAGCCCAGGCAAAAGGAUUUUUUUUGCAGUCGCAGUUACCGCCACUGAUCUUGGGUCAAAUUUGGGCAUUGGCUGACACGGAUUCUGAUGGAAAAAUGAAUAUUAAUGAGUUUAGCAUAGCUUGCAAGCUUAUCAAUCUGAAGCUGCGCGGCUUGGAAGUGCCUAAAACUUUGCCGCCCACAUUGCUCAGCUCUCUAACGGACGCUGUUGGCGGUCCGUCGCCUGCAAUGACGCCACGUGGUUCAACCAGCUCUAUGAGUCCCGUAGAUCCACUGAAGAGCAUUGCAACUGUACCACCAGUCUUGCCCGUUGCUGUUGUUGCACCUCCAAUUGUGGCGCCACCUGUAGCGAUUCCACCACCAGUUGCGGUUCCGGUAACUGUUGUUCCCGCAGCGAUUGUCUCGCCUCCGCAAAGCAAUCCGCCUAGUCGUCAUAUGUCCAUUUCGGAGCGUGCUCCUUCCAUUGAAUCACCUCAAGCGGAGUGGGCCGUGCAGGCGGCACAGAAACGAAAAUACACGCAGGUGUUCAAUGCCAAUGAUCGCACUCGUUCUGGCUUUUUGACGGGAGCCCAGGCUCGUGGUGUACUUGUGCAGAGUAAAUUGCCGCAGGUAACGCUGGCGCAGAUUUGGACACUUGCUGAUGUAGAUGGUGACGGCCGACUCAGCUGCGACGAGUUCAUUUUGGCCAUGUUUCUGUGCGAAAAGGCCAUGGCUGGCGAGAAGAUACCAGUAAGCUUGCCUCUCGAUUGGGUGCCGCCAAGCUUGCGCAAGAUUAAGUCACGACCGGGUUCCGUGUCGAGUGCAGUAUCUCGUCCCGGCUCGCAGCCUGCCUCGCGACACACGUCGGUUUCCUCACAAGGAGCGGUCAUGUCGGACGCAGACCCAACUGCUGGCUUGCCGCAAACUUCGUUCGAGGACAAGCGCAAAGAGAACUAUGAGAAGGGCAAGGUUGAGCUGGAUCGUAGGCGUAAGCUAAUGGAGGAUCAGCAGCGCAAGGAGCGUGAAGAGCGCGAGCGCAAGGAACGAGAAGAAGCAGACAAACGGGAAAAGGCGCGUCUCGAAGCCGAACGAAAACAACAGGAAGAACUGGAGCGUCAACUUCAGCGCCAGCGUGAAAUCGAGCAAGAGAAGGAGGAGCAACGCAAACGUGAGCUGGAAGCCAAGGAGGCGGCCAGAAAGGAGCUGGAAAAGCAACGUCAACAGGAAUGGGAACAUUCACGCAUUGCCGAAAUGAAUGCACAAAAGCAGAGAGAGCAGGAGCGCGUACUCAAGCAGAAGGCACACAACACUCAGUUGAACGUGGAGCUCAGCACACUAAAUGAAAAGAUCAAGGAUCUAUCGCAAAAGAUAUGCGAUACGCGCGCUGGAGUGACCAAUGUUAAGUCGGUGAUUGAUGGCAUGCGUACGCAGCGCGACACUUCUAUGAGUGAAAUGGCGCAGCUGAAGGUGCGCAUUAAGGAGCAAAACGCUAAGCUGCUGCAGCUAACGCAAGAGCGCGCCAAAUGGGAUGCCAAGAGCAAAGUGAGUGCUGGCGUAACCGGCGAAACCGCACAACAAGAGCAGCUAAACGCAGCGUUUGCACACAAGCAGCUGUUGAUUAAGCAGAUCAAGGAUAAGGUGGAAAACAUUGAGAAAGAAAUCGAAUCCAAGAAAGAAGAUCUCAAUUCAAACGAUAUUAGUAUGAAGGAGCUGAAAGCCGAACUCUCUGCAUUGAUUACCAAAUGCGAGGAUCUGUACAAGGAAUACGAUGUGGAGCGCACCUCGGUGCUGGAAUUGAAAUACAAUCGCAAGAAUGAGGCAGCCACUAUCAGUGCCACAUCCGCUUGGGAUACAGGUAGUGCUUGGGGCAGCACUGCCGCCAGCGUGCCAGCAGCUGUCGAUGCCUAUGGUGGCUAUGGCUUAAGCAAUGACACAGCCGCUGCUGAAACGGCAGCCGCUGUUGAUCUGAGCGGGCCAGCACCCGAAGGUUUCGUCAAAUAUCGCGCCGUUUAUGAGUUUAAUGCUCGCAACGCAGAGGAGAUUACGUUUGUGCCAGGCGACAUAAUCUUAGUGCCUCUGGAGCAAAACGCUGAGCCCGGCUGGUUGGCUGGUGAAAUUAAUGGCCAUACUGGCUGGUUUCCCGAGUCCUACGUUGAGAAGCUGGAGGACGGGUCAACGGUAUUGGCAACCGAUCAGGCAGUGGCAGUGCCAAAUGUUGCUGAUCCUGCGACCCAUACCGAUAGCUACUUGGACAAUAAUGCCUUGGCGGCACAGUCAGAGCUGGCAGCAACUGAUGCUGCUGCUACUGCCACUGAUGCUGCUUUAGGCGAUGUCGAAUACUAUAUAGCCGCAUAUCCUUAUGAAUCCGCCGAGGAUGGUGACCUGAGCUUUGGCGCUGGAGAAAUGGUCAUGGUCAUCAAGAAGGAGGGCGAAUGGUGGACGGGCACUAUUGGCAAUCGGACCGGCAUGUUCCCAUCGAACUAUGUACAAAAGGCCGAUGUUGGUACAGCCACAGCCAAUUCCGUUGAGGCUGCAGUUGAACCUGAACCCGUCGAACAGGGCAUGCGCGCCAAACGUUCGGAGAUAGCACAAGUCAUAGCACCAUACGAGGCCACGAGCACAGAGCAGCUGUCGCUUACACGUGGCCAGCUGAUCAUGAUACGCAAGAAGACCGACUCCGGCUGGUGGGAGGGUGAGCUGCAGGCCAAGGGCAGGAGGCGUCAAAUCGGUUGGUUCCCGGCCACCUAUGUCAAGGUGUUGCAGGGUGGACGCAACAGUGGACGUAAUACGCCCGUCUCCGGCAGUCGCAUUGAAAUGACCGAACAGAUUUUGGACAAAGUGAUUGCUCUAUAUCCCUAUAAAGCACAAAACGAUGACGAGCUCUCUUUUGAUAAGGACGACAUCAUCAGUGUACUGGGCCGCGAUGAGCCGGAAUGGUGGCGUGGUGAGCUGAAUGGCCUGUCUGGUCUGUUUCCAAGCAACUAUGUGGGACCAUUUGUUACGUCCGGUAAGCCAGCGAAAGUGAAUGGCACUAAAGCCAAGUGAAUCUCCACGACAAACGCCAACCACAACCAUGACGAUGCUUUACAAGUAGUCACACUCUAUGCAUAUACGUGCUCUCUUCUCUCAAAUACACACAUUCCUGUUUAUUUUGUGUUUUUAAAGCUAUAAAUUCUAUUUUAAUUUCUGCCUCGAUACCAUAUAAGUAAAGCCAAUUUGUUCUCGCCACGCCUAACGUCUCGGAAGCUAGUUACCUUAUGAUUUUUAGUUAUAAUUUGUUGCAAUAUCUACGCUCAUGUAUGAUUUAUCCAUAUGUAUAUUGUUAAUUGUUAUUAUUUAGUUGUUUAGCAAUUAUUUAAUUUUAAGUUAAAUGCCCAAUCCAAACGCGUUUGUAUCCUUGUUAGCCAAUCUUUAGCUUUAAUUGAUAUUAAUUCGCAUUUAUAUGCAAGC